GCCGUACAGUGGUGUUUUGCUAAAAAUUACGUUUUUGUGUCUGACUAGUGAAAUUUAUUGAGUGUACAGUACAUCUCCCGUAGUGCUCAUAACCAGUGUUAACGAAGCUUCCUUUAUUAUGGCCAGCAACAGCAACAUUCCAUCAGCGAGCGUUGUCAGCAGCUCGAAGCAAUUUGCAUUGUUGCCCAAAAUUAUAAAUGGUGGCAUUGCUGGCAUCAUCGGCGUAUCAUGUGUUUUUCCUUUAGAUCUUGUAAAAACCCGUUUGCAAAAUCAGCAAGUAGGACCUAAAGGAGAGAAAAUGUACCAUUCCAUGCUUGACUGUUUUAGAAAAACUUAUCGUGCCGAAGGCUACUUUGGCAUGUAUCGUGGUUCUGCUGUAAACAUUUUACUGAUUACACCCGAAAAAGCUAUAAAGUUAGCAGCAAACGACUAUUUCCGCCAUCAUCUAACCACCUCCAAUGGAACUUUGCCUAUUACUCGUCAAAUGGCAGCAGGUGGGUUAGCAGGAUUAUGUCAAAUUGUAAUAACCACCCCAAUGGAGCUAUUAAAAAUUCAAAUGCAAGAUGCAGGUCGAGUUGCAGCACAGGCAAAGGAACUUGGCAAAUCAUUGCCAAAAGUUUCGGCAACCUCUAUAGCGAUGGAACUAAUCCGUACGAAAGGUAUCACAGGACUUUACAAAGGAACGGGUGCUACGAUGUUACGUGAUGUAUCGUUUUCCAUUGUGUACUUCCCAUUGUUCGCUACGCUUAAUGCCCUUGGUCCUCGGCGAGACGAUGGAAGUAAUGAGGCUGUUUUUUGGUGUUCAUUUUUGAGUGGUUGUGCUGCCGGUUCAAUGGCAGCACUGGCAGUAAAUCCAUUCGAUGUUAUUAAGACGCGUCUUCAAGCGAUAAAGAAGGUCGAAGGGGAAAUGCAAUUCAAUGGGGUUGCAGAUUGCAUCGGUAAAACUUUAAAGCAUGAAGGUGUAACUGCCUUUUUCAAAGGAGGACUGUGCCGUAUGAUUGUAAUUGCACCUCUUUUUGGUAUAGCACAAAUGGUAUACUUCUUAGGUGUUGCCGAAGCUAUUCUUGGAAUGAAAUCCGGUAACAAAUAAAUCUGUUUCUAACGUGUUGAAUGUUUUUGAGCGUGAAAUAGUUGUUGUCGAUCAUCUCAACAUACCAACUUUUUGAUGAUAAAGCAAAAUAGAUUGGAAAAUAACAUAAUCACUUUGCAUACAUUAAUUACAAUGUUUAUUAAUAUUGACCAACAAUUUUUAGGAACUUGAACAUACAAGCCCUCGAGAGUGCAGAGUUUUUUUUAACCUAUGUAAAUUGUUU